GACGCUGUUGUGUUGUGUUAUGUUAUGUUAAGUCUUUCUUCUCGGUGAAGUCAAGGUUGUUGUUCCACGCAGACACAACACAUAACAACGCAACUUGACAUAACUCCCCCUUUCUUUCUCUCUUCUUAAGCCUCUUCUUCCUCCAAACACUUCAAUCAUUCCCUGUUAGCUUUUUUUUCUCUAAGGGAAUAAUAUAACGUGCCGCUGUUGAUUUUGAUUCGUGGGGGUGGCUUGUGAUUCUUCUGAAUUUCGAUUCAUUUGUGGGUGCUCCUGUUUGCACUUUGACUUGUUGCAUGUCAACAAUAGAUUAAUAAGAAUAAUAGAAGAUCAUGGCUUGUUUUGGCUUCUGCAAAGGAAAUGAUAGUAUUGCAAUUGCUGAAAGAGGAUCUUACAUGCAAAGCGCCCCCAUUGGGAACCCCAGUCAUCAUGGCAGACACACACCAGUACCCACUCCCCGGCCUGUAACUUUUCAACCUAUUGCUGUCCCUUCCAUUACAGUAGAUGAAUUGAAGUCUUUGACAGAUAAUUUUGCUACGAAAUAUUUCAUUGGUGAGGGUGCAUAUGGGAAAGUAUAUCAUGCCACAUUGAAAAAUGGGCGUGCAGUGGUAAUAAAAAAGUUAGACUCCAGCAAUCAGCCAGAACAAGAAUUUCUUUCUCAGGUCUCCAUCGUAUCAAGGCUAAAGCAUGAAAACGUUGUUGAGCUUGUUAACUAUUGUGUUGAUGGUCCUUUCCGCGCCCUUUCCUAUGAGUAUGCUCCUAGAGGAUCCCUUCAUGAUAUUCUACAUGGACGCAAAGGUGUGAAGGGUGCACAACCUGGUCCAGUUUUGUCAUGGGCUCAGAGAGUUAAAAUUGCUGUGGGAGCAGCCAAGGGACUUGAAUAUCUUCAUGAAAAGGCAGAGAUUCAUAUCAUCCAUCGCUACAUUAAGUCUAGUAACAUACUUCUUUUUGAUGAUGAUGUUGCAAAGAUUGCUGAUUUUGAUUUGUCAAAUCAAGCCCCUGAUGCAGCGGCACGUCUUCAUUCUACUCGUGUUCUUGGGACCUUUGGUUAUCAUGCUCCAGAAUAUGCAAUGACCGGACAACUCACUUCAAAAAGUGAUGUUUAUAGCUUUGGAGUUAUACUGCUGGAACUCUUAACCGGGCGAAAACCCGUUGAUCAUACGCUGCCCCGAGGACAGCAAAGCCUUGUGACCUGGGUACCAAUAUUUACUUGUUUCUGUUCUGUUAAUACUCAUUCUUGUGUCUUCUUCCCCUUUAAGUUUUGGAUUUUGCAAAUUGUGAUUUUUGUUCAUUAUCAGGCAACACCAAAGCUUAGUGAAGAUAAGGUGAAGCAGUGUGUUGAUGUUAGAUUAAAGGGAGAGUACCCUUCAAAGUCAGUUGCAAAGAUGGCUGCUGUUGCUGCAUUGUGUGUGCAAUAUGAAGCUGAGUUUCGGCCAAAUAUGAGUAUUAUAGUAAAAGCUCUGCAGCCUCUCCAUGCUCGUUCUGUUCACCCAAAGGAUUCCCCCACCAUGUAAAUACCAAUUCCAAAAUCCAUUCAUUCCAUUCCUUCUUUCAGAAUGCAGACACAGUGUGUUGACGAAUUGUCCUUCUGACAGCUGUCAGUAAUUACAUAUUCCUAGGCAUAUUGUAUUCAAGUGUCUUUUUUGCAUUAUUAUUAUAAUAUGUGUUCUCAACUAGGCAUGAUAUAAAAAUAGUCAUGUACGUGGCAAGGGCCUAUGAUAGAUAGAUACUGGAAUUUGCAUGUUUGUUUUUCUACAAGCCAUGUACAAGUGAAUAUAUAAAUUAUAUACACUUGUCAUGGACCAACACAUGAUGUCUUGUUGCAUUGCAAUUUUAAAGUCAAGUUUCUUCUCAACGCA